AUGAGCUCCUUGAGCAACGAUGACCCCGAGGUGGGCGUGGGAUACCAUCGACCAAGCAAAGACAUCAAUCAUGGCAAGCGACUUCUGCCACAAGUUCUCGACAAAAUUGCCGCAGAAGAUCCCGAUCACCUCAUUGGCAUCAUUGCGGAUCCCGGCACCAUGCCGAACUUGACCUUCACCUCGCUGAGCAGCUCGCAAAUGGCAAAUGCUGUCAACUUCACCUCCCAGUGGCUCUGCCAACUGCUGGACAAAGAUCCUUACGAGACUAUCGCUUUCAUUGGCGUCCAGGACUACAGGUACUGGAUCAUAGUCUUGGCUGCAAUGAAGUCCGGCCACCCCCUUUUAUUCGCCAGUCCGCGGAACGCUAUUGUGAAUAACGUUUCUUUACUCAACGCCACCAACUGCGACGUCGUAUUCUAUUCCGGUGGUGGCAGUCCACUCGAAGCACAUGUCAAAGGCAUUCAGAAUACCAUUUCAGGAUUGAGAAUUCACGAGAUACCCAGCCUGGAGCAGAUGGUCGCAGUCAAAUCAAGUCAUUACCCAUACAACAAGACAUUUGACGAAGCCAAGAACGAUACUGUAUUGUUUUUGCAUACGUCCGGCUCCACUGGGAACCCGAAGCCAAUCCGAAUCAACAAUGCGUUUAUCGCUCGCGUAGGUUGUGAUGAUCUUGUUCCUGUACCACCGGGAAGAGUUUUGGCCGCCUCAAAUUUGGCAAAGAAAAAAGGACUCUCUUACUUGGGAGCUCCGCUAUUCCACAUAAGCGGCCUCUGUACCAUGACUAUUGCCUUGUAUAGAAUGAACACGACAGUUGUGGGCCCCAUUGAUCGUCCUCCGUCGGCUGAUGUUGCCUGCGCUAUAGUGCGAAGCAUUAAGUUGACUGCAAUCUCCGCGGUCCCAUUUAUCCACGAUGCAAUCUUUGGAGCCAACGGAGAGGAGCUGAAGGAUCGGCUUACAGGCCUACAUCACGUCAAUUCAUUUGGUGGACCAUUACGCCGAGAAACAGGGAGGUGGUGCGCCGAAAACCUCCCUAACACUGUCUUGUGGCAAGGCUAUGGAAUGACCGAAAAUAGUGUCCUUGCGAUGCUUGUUCCCCCCAGAUCACAUUGGCAUUGCUUCGAGUUCCAUCCAACUCUAGGACCCAGCAUGGAGCGCAUCUCGCCCACAUCAGAUCUCUACGAAGUGGUGUUUCGGCGACAUCCCGACCCAAAGUUCUCUUGGAUUCAUAAUGUCUUCGAAGUCUAUCCUCGCCUCGACGAAUGGCGCUCUGGCGAUCUCUUCCGACGCUGCAAAGAUGAGGGCUUCGAGCAUCUAUGGGAGCAUGAGGGUAGGAUUGAUGAUAUUAUGAUCCUAAGUAAUGGUGCGAAGGUCAAUCCGCUGCAUAUCGAGGCCAAGUUGAUGGGUCAGCCGACGUUGAAGGGCUGCGUGAUGUUUGGCGAUGGACAUACUGCUUGUGGCAUGCUGGUCGAACCGAAUCAGCCGGGCAUUAGCAAGGAGGAAUUGUUGAACAGUGUUUGGGCUGCAAUAGAAGAGGUGAACAUGUUGGUCCCGCAGCGUGCAAGGGUACUGAAGAGCUUGAUUGUUGUGGUAAGUGCGGAGAAGCCGCUGACUAGGUCGCCGAAGGGGAUACCUGUGAGGAAGAUGUCUCUCAUGCUGUAUGAGGCAGAGAUCCAAGAGGCGUAUAGGGAAGCUGGUUAUGUAUGA